AUGAUCGUCGGAAUCCCUAAGUACUACCCGCUGCAGUCGGGAGACGCCGCUGUAGACAAGUCACAGACGCCGAUAGGACCGCGAAAGCAGCGUCAAGUGUACACCUACAUUGCCGCGGCAUCUGCAGUCCUGCUCACCGUCCUCGGGAGCUAUCUUCUCUGGACGGCCGGCAUGUCCAGCGCUUCAUCCCCGGGAGCUCGCACUAGUCUGGAACGCUACCUUUCGCCUACAAGAGACGAUGAUGCCAGACAUCUCGGCAAUGUCACGCCCAUCAAUGUCUGGAGCCACAACGAUGAAUGGAGAGCUGAUCCUCUCUUUGACGCUCUGCGACAAGGCUGUACCUUUGUCGAGGCCGAUGUCUGGCUCGUUGAUGGUCAAAUCCUCGUCGGACACAACGCGGCUAUGUUGACGCCAGGGCGCAGCCUGAGGAAUCUCUAUCUCGAUCCUUUGCACAAGCUUGUCGCCCACAUCAAUGCGCGUGCAGCCCAAGGCAGCAGUGUCCAAGGUGUGUUUGCUAUCGACGAGAACCAGCCGCUACAUCUUUGCAUCGAUAUUAAAGUUGGGCCCAAUCAGACAGCCGGACAAGUCUUUCAGGCGCUGCAGAGUGAACUCAGAUCUCUGCGAGAGGCAGGAUACCUGACGACGUAUGACACCCAGACGGAGACAUGGUCACGGUCAGCCAUCACGGUCGUAGGCACGGGCGCAACUCCAAUGCAGGGCGUUCUCGAGAUGACGCAGCGCGAUAUUUUCUUCGAUGUCCCAAUGAGCAUGAUCGCAGACAGUGCCACGAUAGACAGCACUGUCAGUGUCACCUCGAUCUCGGACUAUCAGGAACAUGUCAAUUGGAACGGUCGUGAGCCUCACGGCCGUGAGAACGCAAUACAAGUCGUCAAGAGUUUGAUCAAAGAUUCAAAGAAGAGCGGCAUCCUCUCGCGCUUCUGGAACACACCCAGUUGGCCUAUCUAUGCGCGCGAUGCUGUCUGGCGAAUGUUGCUCGACGCAGGCGUGGACGUACUGAACGCUGACGAUCUUGUGGCGGCUGCUAGCUUUUGA